GUGCCAAAAUCUUUCUGAAAUAAGAGCGAUAAGGAAAGACAUAAAUAUUAAUUGUUUAUGCGUUUCUUGGUAAAAUAUCUCGGAAAAAGAAGUGAUUAGUUUAUUAUCAAACAUGCUCUUGUCGACAACACUAGUGUGUGCUAUUGGCUUGCUUGGGGUCUUUCACCUCUUAGCAUGGAUCAAGUUUCACGCUUCGAAUUAUAUGAAAAUGUGUGUGAUCCCAGGACCACCCCAAAAAGGGAUUCUUAUCGGAAACAUGACUUAUCUUCAAACAACUCCGGAAAAGAUUUUCCUGAGAUUGCGAGAGGCUACAAAAAAUUUUUACCCCAUUUACAAACUCAAUGCUUUACAUAAAUGCGCGGCAAAUAUUUUAAAUCCGGAGGAUUGCGAGCUAAUAAUGUCGAAUUCAGCCCACAAUCAGAAAGGCCAAAUCUAUGAUUUACUCCGCAAUUGGCUGAAAGACGGAUUAUUGACGAGUUUUGGCGCCAAAUGGCAGACCAGACGCAAAAUUUUGACGCCAGCUUUCCAUUUCAGCAUUUUGCAGCAAUUUGUCCAAAUCUUCAACGAAGAGGCGGAAAUUUUGGUUGAAGACCUCAAAAAAGAUUGCUCCAAGUCGUACAUCAGCAUCUCGUCCCAUAUUACCAAAUUCACCCUCAAAACUAUAGCCGAAACAGCAAUGGGGAGCAAAUUGAAAUUCGAGACGCAGAAAGAGAUCGACUACUACCAAGCCGUCUACGACGUGGGCAAAAUCCUCCUGUACCGCCUCACCCAUCCCUGGUUCAUCUUCCACUACGUCAACUUCUUCAGUCCUUGGUAUCUCCAAGAAGUCAAAGUAACCAAAACCCUCCACAACUUCACCCGAGAAGUGAUCAAACACCGUGAAGAAAAUUUCAAAGAUAUUGAACUACCAACCGAAGAACACGAAGUUUACAAAGGGAAGAAACGACUAGCAAUGCUCGACUUGCUCCUCUCGGCCAAACACAAGGAAGGGAUUGUGGAGAAUGAUGGGAUUCAGGAGGAAGUUGAUACUUUCAUGUUUAAAGGGCAUGACACCACUUCUGCGGCCCUUUGUUUCGCGCUGAUGUUGAUAGCGAGUCACAGCGAAGUUCAAGAAUCGAUUGUGGCUGAAAUGAGGGAGGUUUUGGGCGAUUUGAGUAAAAAACCCUCUUACAACGACUUGCAAAACUUGAAAUAUUUGGAGAGGUGCAUCAAAGAGACGCUCAGGUUGUACCCCAGUGUGCACUUUAUUAGCAGGACUCUGGGGCAGGAUUUGAUCACUACUGGGGGAUACACUUUGCCCAAAGAAAGCAAUGCCAUUAUACACAUCUAUGAUGUACAUCACAAUGCCGACAUUUAUCCUGAUCCUGAGAAAUUCGACCCUGAUCGCUUUCUUCCUGAGAACGUGCAAAAAAGACACCCGUAUGCCUAUUUGCCUUUUAGCGCCGGUCCGAGGAACUGCAUCGGCCAAAGGUUUGCCAUGUUGGAACUAAAAACGGCAAUUUGUGCUAUUUUAGCCAAUUUCACCCUCCAACCAAUUGAUACUCCUGAGACUAUCAUAUUGGUCGUUGAUAUUAUUCUUAGAACGAAGGAACCAAUCAAAAUCAAAUUUGUUCCACGCUCGUAAUUAUUAUGUAAAAUGCUUUUUGUAAAUAAAAACGUUGUAAAUAUUUUA